AGAGAAAUAACUAAGAUAUAUAUUGUAUAUUUUCUGAAACAACCACUAUACAAUUAAUCUUCAUAAGAUCACUCAAAAUGAAGCUUCUAUUAUGGUCCUGCAUCUUGUGUGUUGCUUUUACAAAGUUUGAGAUAUUAGGCUUUGAUGAAUGGAAUUGGAUGCUGCUGGAUGGGAAGGAGAUCAAAAGGGCACCUGGAAGAGGAUUAUGGUGGCAAUCAUUACCCACUUAACCCAUCUCUGAAUAUUCCUUAUCCCAUGUCAGACAGGGAUUUUGCUCCUCCUUUUCGUCCUUCAGAGAAUAAAAUCCCCCCUUACCCUGAGAAUCCUGACCCUGAUACAGGGGUGCCCUCAUUUCCCUGGAUUCUCACCUUUCCUGGAGACCCCUUCCACCACAUUCCUAGUUUUCCUGCCACUGCUUGGUGGAUCCCCUCUCCUCCUCCUAGGGAAUCUCCCCACUUUGUCCCUAACUCACAUAAACCCGAAGGACCUUUCUUCUCACUCAAUGCUCCCCUGCCUACUGCUGCCAAACCUUAUGUAGCUAUACCUCAAGUAUCCACACGUACGACACCACCUCCAAACCCAGAACGUGUUGCAGUUGACCCUGGGGCGAUUGAGCCUGACGAUGCCGAACCUGUUGCCCCAGAACCUCAGCCUUCCACUUUUGACUAG